AUGGAAAAUCUCCCUCUCUCUCUUUCCCAUCAAUUUCCGUGUUCACUUGCAAAAUUGAAUUCUCCGUGUUCUUCCCAGGUGAUUAAGAAUCUCAGCUUCAGUUGCAGUCGAUUUGAGUGCGCGCGAUCGAAUAGACUUCGUGAUGGAGAAGAUUGAGAAAAAGGCGCCUGAAAGUUCUAAAUUCGAGACGACGGAAGAUGAUAAGGAGAAGGUAAAGAGUUGCUGGUGUUACGGCAGUGUGUGCACAGGAUGGCUGCUCUUCCUCUUCAGCGUCGUCAGCAUCAUCAUGAUCGUGGUGUUCCUCAGCAUGCGCGGCGAUCCUGAUUGCCACGAGCUUAGCGAUUCCGAGUCUGAGGAGGAAGAAUCCACAACAAUCGAUAUCGAGCACGCUGUGCCCACGGACGAGGAGCACCUGCUCAGGAUAGUCAGCCGAGGCGAAUGGGAGGCCAGACCGGAACAACACGAGCCUGUUCACCUUCAUCUGCCCACGAAGAGAGUGAUUGUCGCCCACACAGCCACGGACAACUGCACAACGAUGUUCGAGUGCAUCAAAGUCGUGCAGGAUCUGCAGAAGUUCCAUCUGGACACUCACGGCUGGGACGACAUCGGCUACAACUUCCUGAUCGGCGGCGACGGAUCGGCGUACGAGGGCCGCGGCUGGGAGAAACAAGGUGCACAUACGAAGAAUUACAAUGUGAACGCCAUCGGAAUUGCCUUCAUCGGCACCUUCAACAAGAACACGCCGCCCGAGGAGCAGCUGAAGGCCUUCAAGAACCUCCUGCAGUGGGGCAUCGACACACAAAAACUGGACGAGAACUACAAACUCUUCGGCCAUCGGCAGUUCUCGCCCACGAGCAGUCCGGGUCAGGUUCUGUACGACAUCAUCAAGAGCAUGCCACACUGGUCGGAGAACAUCAAUUGAUAGUGAGUUUUUCGGUUGUGAUAACUAAUAUUAGAGAAUCUCAAUAGUCCUUAAACACGCGCGAGUAUAAAAUUCGACUUCAGAUUCUUCAAUUUGACGAAGAUAAACCAUAGGGAAUAUGAUUGCAGGACAUUCAUUUGUGACCUUGGACGUCAGGAUUCGUUCUAAUUUACUUUCCAGUCGCUGUUAUAUUGCAAAUAUCUCGCAAUUAUUGCACAAUUUGCCACUUGAAAUCUCAACCAUGUAAUUUUUACAGCAAUUAACAGGCAAAUUCUCUCGGGAAAAUUUUUUAAUUCUAUUGUUUGCCCGUUUUCGAGAGAAAAUACAAAGCUCUCUAUUUUGCACGUAAAACCCAUUGAGAAGUGUGUGUUGUGUUUUUCGUUAUAGGAAUAAAUAAUAAAAUAUGUGUAAUGUAUUAA